GUUGUUUUUUUUAUGGCAAAUAAUUUCUAAUUUAGAUAAAUUGAAUAAUAAAUCCCACAAAACAACUUCAACAAAUGAUGAUAUACGAUUUCCUCAUCUUCGCAAGCCAAGGGUAAACUCCGCUCCCCAUGAACCGAAAAUGUUUUCCCCUACUAGUAGUUUUAUUGUGAAAGAAAGAGUUAUCUUUCCUCUCCAGAGAACUCUUAUUAAUUCGGAAUCAUAUUAACUGUAUUUGACCUAUGACCCUAGCUUCCUGCAUACCAAUUAAUCCAAUGGAGUGCUUGGUAGCAGCGUCGAUUGUUUGGCAAUGAGUUAACGUGAAAUAGUAUGUUCGACAUCAGUGAUUGAAAUCGGGUGAGAAGAACUACGAGCAUGCAUGGCGCGGGGAAACGCAGAUGUUUUGUUCAAGAAAAACAGCAAGUUAGAGAGUUUUCUCAAGCGUACAUUGCCAGAGGAAGCGUUCGAGCGCGUGCGGGGAUACGAAGCAUGCAUUAUUGUGACAGAAAAAGAGAAUAAGGGAUUCAAAUAUUGUGUCCUUGACGAUGAAUUCAUUUAUCAGGCGGAGAACCCGCCUAAAAGCCGCGAGGACCUCCAAAUUAUGGUGCCUCUCAAGGAGAUCAUUUCAGUUGACCUGGUAAAUGAUUUUCCUGAUUUCUUAAGUGGUGAAGAAAGGACUAAUACUCAACAUAUACAAGUCGUUCACUGGACAUCGGAUCAAAUAAAGAAACGGUCAUUCCGAAAAUCUAAGAAAUCGCCUAGGGCAGGAUCAUUAUCUGAUCUUCACGGCGAUCGAUCAAAUGCAUCAACACCUUUAGAAAACAUCUCUCUCCAAGAAGGCAGUAAUUGGUCGGAGGAUUAUGGGUACAUCACCCAGAGCACUUCAAGUUUACAGAUAAACAGUAGUCGGCCUGAAAGCCGUGGAUCUGUGAAUUCGUUACAGGGACUUAAACCCAGUGGUCGAGAAAUCAAGACUAGUAGUCUGAAGAAGAAGAAGAGAAUUGGUGAUGGAAUGGAGGAUAGUUAUCUGAAGGCGCUCAAAGAGGAGAUGGAGGAUGGCCAGCUGGAGGAUGUGGAAGACAUAGAUGGGGUUCUGUCGACCUCGUACACCUCAAUUCUCCAGUCAACACGGGGAAGCAAGGCAAAGGAAGGGCAACGGAUGUCGACAGAUCGGCGUGGAUCUACAGAUACGACCGUCAGCCAGACAGGGUCAGUACGACGACCCCUACCCAGGGCCCCCUCGGUCUCCCAGGAAAAUAAGUCAAAUGUUGUCAAUAAUCAAAAUGAUACAUCUACUGAUCCAGAAAAACCACAGCUGUGCAACUGUUUCAGCUUAAAUUGUUUCCGGUCCAGUCGUGUGUCUUGCGGUAGUGAUAGUAUGGUCACAGAGGACAGCAGUAAGAAACCUGUUGUGGCCAAUGGAAAAUCUCCCGAUGAUGAUGUGUUCUUUGUUGGUAGUUCCUUGCCCCAGAAACCCGAAAUAAAUAUUGAUGUCACAUCUGAUUUAGCUAGCCAGGGACAUAAGGGGUCCAUGCAAUCAUUAGUUCAGGAACCAAUUGUAAAUUCACGUCGUUCAUCAGUGACGACAAUUCGAGGCCCGUCACGGGCAGGGACCCCAGCCCUGGAGUUUGAUGGCACUCGCAGUGCCAGUGUUCUUGGGAUGACCUCGGUGUCGGAUUUUGGUAGCUCCAUCAUUCGGAUUAACACGCUGCUCAGUCCCGAGGAACGGAAGAAAACGACAGUCAGCAUUUACCUCCUGAAUCUCCAGUCGCCAAUGUUGAUGUUGAUCCGCAGCGCGUGGAAUAAUUACCUCAUCAAGCAUACCCUCAAUAUUGAUAUAGAACUUGAUAAAAGUUUCAAAUCUAGUGCUGUAAGAAGUGGGCCCAUUCAAAGCAGAAAAUCUGUGAAAAGAGAAAAGAUGGAGGUCCUGUUUAAUGCAUUAAAGCGUGAUCUUCUUAGUCCAGAAAACUCCAUGGAGGACACUUUUUCUCUCCUCAAUGAGCUCAAAACUGCCACCGAGAAAAACUUCACCCUGAAGAAGCUCUUCUGGAAAAAUGCAGACAUGUUUUUAUUCCUGGUACGACAGACUCAGCGUUAUCUUCCAAAGUCUCCAGUCAAUGUGAACACAGAGCAUGGGCGUGUCCAAAGAGCUGACGAGCUCGAACUAGUCAUUCUCCUGACAGAAAUCCUAAGUCUGAUGUUCAGGGAGUCAGAAAUUAUUCCUGCUAGAAUCCAGACGCUUAAAGCAGACAGGGGCAAAGCUAUAUUUGAUCUCAUCCGACUUCUGAUCUGUUCCCCUGAAGUUCCUGAGAAAAUGGCCGCUCCGUCCAAAAGUACUCAGGAUUUGCAGGCAACUGAUGAGGAGAUAAAGAAACAGAUAGAGGAGUACCGAAAGUCUGCCCUUCUAGCUCUGUUUGAGAUCUUCCUGAUGGCUAGACAGGCAAACUGGGGAAACCGAGAGGCCAGCUUCUUCAACAUCAGUUGGGUCAUCAAGACUAUGGAGGAGAUGAGGAUGACUGAAGCGUUUGUUGAAAACAUUAUUGACCAGAUGAUGAAGUUCAUCGGGCCGACUCGGAAGGAAGCAUUGAUGCCACAGGAAGCAGUGACGCUUUACGUACAGUUCUCCGUCCUACAAACAUUUCUCCAUUAUAGUCCCAAAAUAUCCGCCUUUAUUCGUAACCACUACCUAGAGGAAUUCAAAUACUUUGUCCAGGUUCCUGUGGUGAUGAAGAAACUUCCUCAGUCUUAUCCCAUCUGCCUGAUCACCGUGACACUCAUCGAAUCUGUAACAAACAAAGUUCUGGAUCAGGGAACCUCCGUGUUUCCCAAAUCUCCGAGGUAGCAUCACAUGACUGUCAUGUGACCUCACACACAAUCACAUGAUUUCACAGGGUUGAUAUCUGACUGCACACGCAAUGAUGUACAUGUUUGGAUUAUUGUAGCUGACAAAGAUAUGAAGUGGAGUUGUUUAACAUCUUGCACUGUUGCAGUUGAAUUCAUUGAACGACAUAUCUUACUUUUUUUAUAGAGUUAUUUAUAUUUUAUAUAAGUUGAGUGGCCCUACUCCUUGGCAUUAUUAAACAUAUGAUAUGUUUGCAAUACUAUUUAUUAUGUGUAUCUGUGGCAUCACUCUCAGUAGAUAUUAAUUCUUUUUAAUGCUAAAUAAGAUAUUUGUUUGAAAUUCAAUGAUUAUAUAUAUGUAUAUGAUGUACGCAUACAUUGUAACGUAUUGCCUGUGAGUAGCCGUGUGGUAGGUCAUUGUGGGACAUAGGUGUUAAUGUUGUAUUAGUGAGAAAUACCUGCAUGAAAUCGUUGUUACGGUACUGGAAAUCUGGUUAUGUAAUGAGGAAUUAGAACACUGAAAGUGUAAAUACAUAUGUACAAUAAUUUUAUAUUUUGGAAAACACAUGGGAGGGAAGUCAUUGUGGACAAGUAAACCGGUGGCAGUUAUAAAACGCAGGGUAGCUGUUGAUGGCAAACUAAAGAUGAAUAGACUUUGUUAUGGCUGCAGGACAAUGAUCAUCAUGAUGAAUGGAGACUAGUUGCCUGAAAUUACAAAAAAUUCACAUAUAUAUUGGAAAUCAUGUAAUUUUGAUAUACCGGUAUGUGAAGUUUUUGUAAAAUUAGGUGAUAAAAUAUUCAUUUAACUUCAGGGGCAUAUUAUGUCAUAACUAGGAUAUGAUUCAUUUUUUGUGUAGUUACAUCAACCUCUGAUUGAAUUGGGAUGGGGAGGGGGGAGGGGGGUGGAGUCUUAAUUAUCGUGGUAUCAAGGACUUUGAGCUUUCUCAUCCGAAAGUUUCAUGAACAAGCUUAUCCUCCCUUUUUUUUUCAUUGUUAUUUUUGUUGCCAAAUUCGCACGGUCAAUGCGCAUAUUUCUUUAUGCAGUCUGUACAUUUAAGGAUCCAGUUCUUUGUAUUUUCCGGUGACUCUUGUGAAUUGACUGCAAACUUAUGAAGAAGGGGGAGUGUUGAACUACAGUAAUCAACAAAACGAUUAAUGAACUGGUUAAUGUUUACAUAUAACUGUUGGACUUCUUGUACGUGCGCUAUAGGAUUCACAUAAUGCUUGUAAAAUAUUUUUUCUACUGUCCAUGAAAUGGAUGUUUGUCUUUGACUUAAUACACUUUUUUUUUCUUCUCUUUGUUGGGAAUUGUGAGAAUUUAAGGACUGGGUUUACUAUUGGUGGAAUUUGUCCCUAAUUUUGACACAAAAACUACACAUAUAUUAAAACAGUUUGCCCGAAUUUGUUGUUAAAUAGGUAAGAUAUGUAAAACUAAUUAUCAUAUUAGGAACGAAUUUACCUUAUUCACAAAGACAUAGAUAUCCCAUUAUUUUCUAUGAAAGGACGAAAAAUUGCUGUUUUUCAACACUUCUUUGGCUUUAGGAAGUAUAUAACAUGUAUCUAUCUCAAUAGGAUUGUCAGACAUUAAUAUUUAUAUCUACAACUAGAUUCAAGUAUUUGCAACAUUUGGUUGACAGAUAUGGUUUUUUUAAAUAUCUGAUUGAAAUGCUGAUAAUUUUCAAGGGAAAAUGCAAAAAAAAAUUGCCAACUUUGUAACAUGAUAUUCUACACAAAAAAGUUUUGUAAUAACAAUAAUCUAAUUAUAAUUUUAGUUUCCAUCUAUUUCAAUUUGAGAAUUACUGAAUUAUAGAAACCAAAGAGCGUUUAAAUUUCCGAGCCAGAAAUACCUAUUGAUGGUCCCAGUUCUUUAAAUGUAACGUGAUACUUCUACCAUUCCCUUCUGUUUCUAUGUUGUGUCGUGUAAUAAACUAUCGUGUUAUUGUAGCAUGUAAAAUAUUAAUCUCUAUGGACUGCUGGUUAAGUCUCAAAAGAUGUUUUUCCUUGGACAUUAAUGUCGUCAUAUGAAAUUGAAAUUCUGUGUAAGACCUAUGAUUGUAUUUAAGACUAAAGGUCUCAUCUCUUGUGAAUUUUUCAUUUUUUUUCCCCAUUUUGAGCAAUAACCAAUUAGCAUGUGAUAUACAGUAAAUGAGAUUUUUUUUUUCAUUUUUAGUAUUAUAUGCCAAACUACAUACAUGUAAGUUGUUGACUGAGUAAUAAAAAAUUAGGAUUUUUAAAACUAUGUGAAGAAAGUUAAAAUACAUUGAUAAAAAUAGAAAAUAUAUUGUAUUGUUUGAAUAUUCAUAUUAAGUGAUUAACAACAUUAGAAUUCAUUGUUUGUAUAGUGGGCAGUUUUCACCAGCCCUGAUAUAGAAUUUAGUGGUACAUGUAUUGUAUUUAUGCCUGCCUUAAGAAGUUUCCAUCUCAGCUUAAAGUGCCAAAGUGUUUACUUAAUGUGAUAAAAGUGUGAUGGUCACUUUUGUAUGGUCAUUUUUUGUAGUUCAUUUAAAUCCAUCCAUUAGUUCAUUACAGUGGUGGAUCCAGAAAAUGUUCAGGGGGUAGAGGUGUAAUUCAAUCUUUUCUGCACAAAAAGGGGAGGGUUUCAGACCCCAAAGUGGCAGAAAAUUACAUCUUUUGUGUUAAAAUAUUUUUAACGGGAGAUUGUUAACCACCCCCACCCCCUCUAGAUUCACCUCUGCAUUCUCAGUAGCAAGUUUGUCUCUCUGUCGUAGAACUGAGGCAUAAUAAAUACUUAUUUAUAAGUGCU